UCCAGGAGACGGCGCGGCGGGAUGCGCCAGGAGCCGGGCGGCCGCGGUGGGAGGCGGCGCCCGGUGGCCGGUGGCCGCGCACCAUGGGGAACAAGCAGACCAUCUUCACGGAGGAGCAGCUGGACAACUACCAGGACUGCACCUUCUUCAACAAGAAAGACAUCCUCAAGCUGCACGCGCGGUUCUACGAGCUGGCCCCCAACCUGGUCCCCAUGGACUACAGGAAGAGCCCCAUCGUCCACGUGCCCAUGAGCCUCAUCAUCCAGAUGCCGGAGCUCCGGGAGAACCCCUUCAAGGAGCGGAUCGUGGAGUCCUUCUCGGAGGACGGGGAGGGCAACCUCACCUUCGACGACUUCGUGGACAUGUUCUCCGUGCUCUGCGAGUCGGCGCCCCGCGACCUCAAGGCCAACUACGCCUUCAAGAUCUAUGACUUCAACACGGACAACUUCAUCUGCAAGGAGGACCUGGAGAUGACGCUGGCCCGGCUCACCAAGUCGGAGCUGGAGGAGGACGAGGUGGUGCUGGUGUGCGACAAGGUCAUCGAGGAGGCCGACCUGGACGGCGACGGCAAGCUGGGCUUCUCCGACUUCGAGGACAUGAUCGCCAAGGCGCCCGACUUCCUCAGCACCUUCCACGUCCGGAUCUGAGGACGCGGCCGAGGUCCGGGCCCAACGCCCACCGCCGUCCACCUCUGCUGUCUGCACAGCUCUGACCUCCCAGCUGGCAGGACGGAGCUGCGGCCUCCGGGGCUGACCCCACCGACACGUCCUGGGCCCUUUCAGCAAAAAAACCCUCCCCCUGGGCCAGGGGCGGGAGGAGCCGGGCUCGCCAGGCCCCUGUGGUCCCGCCCAGCCCCACGGCGGCCCCUCACAGGCCCUCCCUCUGCCCCGACCGCCCCUGUACCCGGUCCUCCCUCAAAAUGCCCCCCACCCCCGGGGAAGGCCGGGCACCUGAGGGGGCAGGCAGGGGGUGGGGGGGGGGACUGUCCCGUGCUGGAAAUACACCCCCUGGCUACCCAGGGCACGAAAUUUUUUUUUAAUACAUUUUUAUUGAUUUCAGAGAGAAAGGGAGGGGGGGAGAGAGAGAAACAUCCAUGAUAGGAGAGAAUCACGGAUCGGCUGCCUCCUGCAUGCCCCCCACUGGGGAUCAAACCCACAACCCGGGCAUG